AGUUGUUCUCGGAGUCUGGAUCUUUUUGAUGUACCAGCCAGACAGAAUGGAGGGAUUAAGUAAGGCGAAAUUUUUGAAUUACUGGAGUACUAUGGUGCUAUCCUGUCACUCCGGAUUAACUUACUGUGGAUGGAGCAGCUAGCUGAUUAACUGAGAUAUAAGAGGUCCGGUAGACAAGGUUGACGUAGUUAAAAGUUCACCAUGAACUGCAGAAGCACUACUGCUUCAACUCUUCUUACAGUUGCCCUGUUCAUCUCCCUGCUUGCACUUGACCACCCCGUCGUUCAUGCUCUCCACGUGAAAGAGUCGACCAUACCGACCGGUGAUUCCUCGUCUACGAAUGAAGGACUACAGCAAUGGAGCAGGAAGCUCGAUGUGGGGAAGACCAAGCAAGUUGAAAACGUGGGAGUGAAGGCAUCGAAGGGACAAGCAUCUUUCGGUUCAAGCUUUCGCAAUGGAGGGAGGUCUGGUGUUGAGUCUGCUAAGAUGGUCGUGGUUGCUCGCCGUGGUGGAGGUCCCGUGCCGCACCCGAAAAAACACAACUAAGUAUGAGUAGAUAGAUAGAUACAAAGCUAGCGACUUAUUAAGUUGAUCUUGUUGUAUUUAUUAUCUGAUUUAGAGUAGUUUUGUUUUCCUUUUUGUGUUCUACCUCUCCAUCUCUGUAGUCUCUUGGUGAAACUAAUUUAGCUAGGAAACAGAGAUCAGACUCCACACUGAGCAUAGUGUAUUAGGCUAAUAGCUGCUUGUUGACAAAUUAGUUUCAACUUUCCUAUAUAGUGCACACACUUUAUUCUCCGUGAUGAA